UACAUGGGUUAUAUAUAUGAGAGCAGUUUGAUCACUUCAUAGUCAACAAAUCAGAUAAAGCUUCUUUUUCUGAGUUAGAGGGCAAGAUGAGUGACCAAAUCUCCAUUAGACCUUUAAGUGCAAUGUUCAAUAAGGCAAAGCCUUAUUUCCUCAUGGUAUGCUUGCAAUUUGGUUUAGCUGGGACGUACAUAAUCAGCAUGGCUACACUGAUCCAUGGCAUGAACCGUUACGUGCUCAUUGUGUAUCGUAAUGCCAUUGCUGCACUUGUACUUGCACCUUUUGCACUGCUGCUUGAGAGGUUUGUCUUAAUCCUCAAGAGAAAAGUCUCACCUCUGCACACAUUCAUGAGAAGGCCGAAGAUGACAUUCCCAAUCUUCUUACAAAUAAUGACCUUGGGAUUUCUAGAGCCAAUCCUUGAUCAAGGCUUCGCUUACUUGGGAAUGAAAUUCACAUCUGCAUCAUUUACAUCUGCAAUUAUGAAUGCUGUUCCCUCUGUCACUUUUGUUGUUGCAGUCAUUCUGCGAUUAGAGCAUCUUAAGAUCAAGGAAGUACGUGGUCAAGCGAAGAUCAUCGGGACCAUUCUAUCUCUUUCAGGAGCUUUACUUAUGACACUUUACAAAGGCCCUGUAAUCGAUCUAAUAUGUUCGAGAAAAGCAAGCCACCAUGGAAGCAGCGGCGACUCGUCUGAUAAGCACUGGAUACCUGGGACACUAUUAAUCCUUGUAGGUUGUGUUGCCUGGUCCUGUUUCUAUGUUCUGCAAUCAACUACCAUAAAGAAAUACCCGGCAGAAAUCUCUCUCUCCUCCUUGAUAUGCUUGGCGGGAGCUAUCCAGAGUUCGGCAAUUGCCCUAGUUGUAGAGCAUCGCCCUAGUGGAUGGGCAGUAGGGUGGGACUCUAGGCUUUUUGCUCCACUGUACACUGGAAUAGUUAGCUCUGGAAUUACAUACUAUGUGCAAGGCCUGGUGAUGAAAACAAGAGGACCAGUUUUUGUCACUGCCUUCAACCCUCUAUGCAUGAUCAUUGUUACUGCUCUUGGAUCUGCCAUCCUCGGCGAGCAAAUUCACCUUGGAAGUAUCAUAGGAGGAAUUAUUAUCGCAAUCGGCCUCUAUUCUGUGGUGUGGGGUAAAAGCAAGGAUUAUACAGCAGCAUCUACCCCUGCAAAGGCUGAUGAUAUCCAAGAGCUACCAAUUUCAGCAAAAAAUUGUACUGAUGGCUCUAAGCUGGUGAUUGCAACAAUUAACAGUGUUAAGCAGGAUGGAAAGUGAAAAGAUGUUCCCAAAAGCAUGACUUGAAAAAAGUAGCAGGAAAACUUGCCUUCUUGCCUCACCUGUUUCAAGUGUACUAAAUCUCUCUACAUAAAAGCCUUUCUUUAGGCUCUUCUCUGCAAUUUGUUAGUUGAAAAACUUUGUGGAAGCAUCAAGGCAGGCCAAUCAUCUGGAGCACGAAACAUACUGCCUUAAUUAAUGUCAUUAUUGUUAAUAGACUAAUUAACAAAGUGGUGUUACAUAUAGAGAGAGGUAGAAAUGCAGACGCUUAACUUUUGCUGAGACACUUAUAGCUAUCCAAGACACUUUGUUUACCACUAUCACAACGAUUCCAUAUCAGAGUGGGGCAGUGAGAUUGUGCACUAUAAAUAAUUGAAGAAGUAUUCUUAUAAUUUAUCAAGAUUAAUGUUAGUCAAGAAGUAUUCUUAUUGUGUUUUCUAAGGGUGAUUUGUUAGCUCCCCUUUCUUUUUCAAAGUUUGCCUGUGAAUUUCACAUGACUUGUAAAAAAAACUGGAAUUGCUUUCUAAAUUAUCCACAUAUUUUCCUUGUGAUGCCAA